CCGAAGCCCACCCACACUAACCCCUUUUGGGCACCGGCUGCAACGGCGAAACUGCUCAGCCUCUCCUUCAAGCACGCCCACUCACAGCACAGCGCAUAACAUGGCUGAUAGCAUAGGUCGUUGAAUAAGCGGUGCGGCAGAUGCUUGAUCUCUGACCUUUUCCAUCCCUCUUUACCAUUUGACCGUUUCCAAGGCCCCUCUUUCAAACUGCCCACUUCUUGUUGUUUCUACAAUCAUCAUUCUUAAUCAUUCUUAGAUAGCUUCAAGACGAGGUAAAUACAUCGUUCCUGGCGAUACUAGUCAGCUUCUCCGCUAUUUGGUUCAGUCCCCUUAUUUUGAUGGUUACCUGAAUCCACGGGGGAUUCGCCUCUCUCUCCACCAUGGAGCCCACGCCAGAGUUUAUAAGGAUUCGCUCGAGACAGCCCGUCAAUGAACGGGAUCAGAGCAGCCUGAGUAUAAGCAGCAGCUCUGAUUCUGCUUAUGGUUCAUCGAGCGAGAGUUGCUCCCCAGCAACACAUGAUAUCAGUCGAGUUAGCUACCAUGUCAAGCACCUCGAGAGCUUUGCCCAGGCUUUGGAAGAUUCAGCGAGCAGGGCAUUCCCAAACCGAGGCCCUACCCAGCGAUAUACCAAGGUCCACGCCCUGAUGCUUCACUGGAAGAGUGAUGAUUUGUUUGUUUUGCCAGAGUUGGAGGACUUGGAGAAGUGCUUCCGGGAUCACUACUGCUUCGAGACCGACAUCUUUUCGAUUCCGUCUGAGAACUCUCACCUGGAGUUGAUGCUCAGGAUAGGUGACAUGGUCAAACAAUACGAAUCCGAACAGACACUAUUCGUGGUCUACUAUGGAGGUCAUGCCAGGAUAGACGAGUCACGGCAGAGCACCUGGUGCGCUAAUCGCCGUCAUGAUUCACCGUGGCUACAAUGGUCUGCCAUCCAAACUCUCCUCGAAAGAUCAAUAUCAGAUGUGUUGAUUCUUCUUGACUGUUGUGCCGGAGCAGCCAGUGCCACAUUCCCAACAGGCCAAAGCAUCACCGAGACCAUCUCCGCUUCGAGUUGGGACGCCAUCGCCCCUGAUCCGGGAAGAUAUUCUUUCACCAACACCUUGAUCGAGGUUCUUGAAGAGUGGAGAGGAAAGACAUUCUCGGCCGCGAUGCUGCACGCCGAGGUCCUUGCUCGUUUGAAGCAUCCACGUCCCAUCUUGAUCAACGGCAAACACUUCGAGGCGAGAUCAACACCAGUUCACUUCAUGAUGACGUCGAACCACAAAGCACCCAGCAUCGAGAUAUGCCGACUGGUGCCACCAAAACCUGCCAAGUCCCGUCGUGGCAUGGCAUCGAGCUCAGUCCCAACGGGUCGGGACUGGCACCAGCCAUUCCCAUCCUCGAUGGAUGACAUGAUUCCGACGGCCUCGGAGCCGAAUGAGGACGAGCCUCACGUGAUGAUUUCCCUGGCUCUGGAGGAUGACCAGAAGCUGGAUUUGAAUAAGUGGGAGGAGUGGCUGGCAAGCUUUCCUGCGCUGGCGAAGUUUGUCAAGGUGCAAGGCGUCUUCAAGAGCCAUUCGACACUUUUGUUGCUAUCACUACCGGUGAUGGUGUGGGAUUUUCUUCCUGACGAUCCAGCAUGCUCAUUUGUGGCAUUCAUUCGGUCAAACAACCUGUUGCGAGAACCAAAAGAGAGUAGUCCCGAGCCAACACCAGCUGAAGCAAGCGUCCCUGCCACCGCGACGCAGGGAGUACAGCCAGAGCUCAGUCGUAAAGUCCAACCAGAGCUCGCCCAGGACGAUGCCGAAUCCUAUUCCGGAUCUACCCUCGCCCAGACCGAAAACAUGGAAACCGUCCGUCACGGGGCCAGCGUACCAAACAUCCCCGCAGACCCCUGGACAUCAAUCCACCGAGCCGAUUCCAUGCCCUUAACCCCAUACUCCCAAGUCCUCGCCCCUCAGCCCUCCUCCAGCAGCUUAUUCACCUCCCUAAGAAACAUGGGCUCAGCCAUAUCCCUCUCAGGCCAACAACAACAACAACAACCCCGCCCAGCCUCUCUCACCUCCCCCUCCCAUCACACCCCCGACAUAACCAGAACAAUGAUCCUCAACCGCUCCAAAUCCUCCAAACGCUCCACUUUUUCGCCGGACGAAGAAAUCCCCCCAGGCCACCAACUAGCCAAACACGUCCUCCACCGCCUAGAAGAAUACUUCCACCGCGACCCCGAACCAAACCUAGCAGUCCUCGAGCAUUUGGCCUCCCAUUUGGGGGUGGAAACAAACGACAUCAGGGUCUGGUUCCACAACCGCAGGGAACAGCACCGGCUGGACACCAACCUCCAGACCUUGCGCCUCCCCUCCAGAGAACCAGUCGACCCGGGUGACGAGCCAGACAUGAUACUCCCGGGCCAUCUGAACCGCCUCUUGGAGAUUUACCCCUCCAAGGGGAUCUUGUUGGUUGACCUGCGCUCCAGCACCGAUUUCGAACGGUCCCACAUCCACAACUCCAUCAAUUUACGAGCCCCACUCAAGUUUAUCAGUUGGGCAAGCCUGGAAAUGGUAGAAGACACCUUUGUGGACGACCAAUCACGACGGUCGUUCUCCAAGUGGUCGACCUGCCGCUGCGUGGUCUUUUACGACCGCGUGAUAGAAUUUCCAUGGGAGUGCCCGACUGCCUCGGCGCUAGGCAAAAAAUUCGGGGAGAAGGGGUGGAAGGGAAGGUGUUUUGUGCUCAAGGGUCAUUACAGGGAGUUUUCGGCCAGUUUCGAUAGGUACAUCUCGGGAGAAAAGAUGACGCAAGAAGCAAAGGAGUAUCUGGAUGGGUUGAGGCAGAAAGGGGGGAGUUUGACUGAGGAGGAGGGCAGGGAGAGGGAUGGGUUGUUUGAGGCCUGGUUGGAGGGGUGGGGGGGGAAGGGGAAGGGGAAGGGGAGUAAGGGGAAUGAGCUGGUGCCUGGUAGGAAGGUGGAACGACUCAGGGAGGUGGAGGAGAGGCAAGGGGAGUUGGAGAGGGAGUUUGAGGGGCGGUUUCCGGCGCUGUGGAGGAAGGGGUUGAUGAUGGGGAUGAUGAGGAAGGAUUCUGCUGCUGUGCUACCGGAGGAGGAGGGGGGGUACUCCCCCAUCGCGCCGAGUGUGAGUCCGCCUCCGCCGUUUGAGUCGGGAGCAGGACAACAGGGGUUCAAGGAUGUGGAGUGGCAGAAGAGGAAGGGGAUUGAGGAGGAAGGGGAGGCGGUGUUUGUGGGGCCGUUGGCGAGGGGGUUGGAGAGGAUGAGGGAGGCGGGGAUGGGGUUGGGGAGUCAGACUCCUUCUCCGACAAGCGGGACUCCUGUCGGGGAUCUGAAGGGGAAGAUGAUGGGGUUUGACUAUGAGUAUACCUCUGGAGUCACCGAGGAAGAAUACGAGGAGAUUGAUGCUGUUCAAGAGGGCCUCACUCCCGCCACUGCCACGGGCGACAUCAAAGGUGGAGGAGGAGGAGUAAUAAACAAGGUGGUCAAGAAACGAGGGGUGGUGAGGGAGUGGUUGAGGGGUGGGACGGGGAAUAAGUAG